CCGACGGCUUCGCAUGAUUAGCAGAGAGAGAAAAAAAAACCGAGAUCGAUGUAGGCAGAAACCAAACGAUAAGCUCGAUCAGUGGCUGGUCCUCUCCCUCUGUCCAUGCACAGCUAGAGCUGCUGCAGCCAGGGCCAAGAAGAAGCAGACGAUGGAAUGAGGCCCACGGCGGCAACCAGACCUUCCGUCUUCCUCGCGGCGAGGCACCAACCACCAAUCCCCACGUCGUCAAGGGCAGCAGCAGGAGCAGUAGCAGCAGUCGAUCCAUGCAAGCAAUUCAAGAACAAGCAGAAGCGCACCUUCCGGUCAUGGCGAGCCGCGUCGGCAGGCAGCAGCAACGGCGGCGGCGAUGAGUACGGCACAGGGAAGUCCGUGUCGACGGUAGCAGCGACACCUGGAAGGAGGCGGGCGCGGCUGUCGGCGAGGCGGCGGGAGAGCAUCAGGCUCCUGGACGUGCUGCCGGACCAGGGCGGCGCGGCGGACGGCAUCGGCAUCGGCGAGUUCCUGCGGCACCCCGCCGGCGUGGAGUCCCUGCUCAACACCAGGGCGCUGCAGAGCUUCGCUCCGGUGGAGCCGGAGUCUGGCCCGGCCGGCACGUUCAGGUGCACGCUGCAACCCAUGGGGUUCUUGGGAUUCCAGGUCGCCCCCGUCCUCGACCUCCGCGUCGCCCCGACCCGCGACGACUGCACCGUCGAGAUGCUCUCCUGCAGGUUUGAGGGUUCAGACUCGAUUGAGCAGCAGAAUGAACUCUUUUCAGCGGUUAUGAGAAACCACAUAACAUGGGGAGACAACGGUGAACAGGAGCCAUGCUUGGACAUCGAUGUUAAUUUGGAGGUCACUCUGGAGGUGUACACGAAGCCAUUCAGCUUGCUCCCGUUGUCAGCUGUGGAGAAGCCAGGCAACCUGCUGAUGCAAGGCCUGCUUGACAGGCUCGUCCCUUUGCUGGGUGAGCAGCUGCUCAAGGACUACCAUUCCUGGGUUCAGCAGCAGCCUCGCUCUUCCUCAUGAGUGAUCACCGAAAGCCUGAAACUAACACUACUAGCAGAUUCCUGGGUUCAUAGCUGGAUGGAUUCAGAAAUUCAGCCGGCGGCAGCAUCAAGAAUGAUGAGGAAACAUUCGUGCAUUCAUAGGCACCUUGUUAAAUUUGUGGCCGUGGGUAAUUAAUUGAUGUACCUGGAUUGAUGUUUACACGAUACAAUAUAGUUGAUCAGGUUUGGUUA